CCUUCCCCCACUCCUUUCUCCCUUAUAUCUUACAUCUCCCUCCUGUUCUCUCUCUGUCUUCCCCCUUCCUUUCUCUGGUUUCUCAAUCUCUCUCUUCACAAAACCCCACCCUUAAUAUUGCAUACUCUCACAUACAAGUGUUCAUCGGGGCUAGCUGUUUUCUGGACUAGGUUUGUCGAGGUUGCUAGGUCACAAACGGCAAUAAUGACGAUGAGUAACAAUAUUGGGCAGUUCGGCGACACCACACUGACGAAAGUCUUCGUCGGUGGCCUGGCAUGGGAGACGCCCAAGGAGGCCAUGAGAGAGCAUUUUGAGAAGUACGGUGAGAUCCUCGAGGCCGUCAUUAUCUCCGAUAAACUCACCGGAAGAUCCAAGGGCUACGGAUUUGUUACAUUUAAGGACGCUGAAGCGGCGAAGAGGGCUUGUGAGGACGCCACCCCCACCAUCAACGGUCGCCGCGCCAACUGUAACCUUGCUUCUCUCGGUGCUCGCCGCCCCAGGUCCUCCGCAACUCCUCCUCCUCCUCCUCCUCAACAAGGAUCAAAUUUGGGAACGAGGUCCAUGUCACCAGCAACUACCGGUCAAAUCCAGUGGUACUAUCCUGCUGGAACACCGGCGGCCCCCUUUCACCAUCAGCAUCAUCACCAGCCCAUUCCCUUUUAUGGGUACUCCUCCCCUGCUUACAUUGCAACUGAUGUAACCUACAAUCAUGUUGAUUUGCCACCAGUCAUGAGUUUACGGGGUCAUUUGCUACUGAUUUCAGCUGAGUUAAAACCGCGUGAAGAAGUGACCCCAAACAAAAACAUGAAGUCCAAAAUCCUAAACCAUGGUGAAAACAUGCUUCUAAACGGUGUUGAGUCUUAAUGUUCCGUUAAUUUCGGCAUUGAUUACUGCGAUUGAUUUCUAAUCACAUGGGUAUGAAGUUGUGUGGAAGAAACUAGCUAGUAGUAGAGAAUUAAUAUCAAAGAAAAGAAAUUGUUGUAC